GGCGGCGCGGAGGCUGUGUGCCUGCCUGGGACGGCGCCUUGGCAGGGGCUCACUCUCUCGCCCGCUCGCUCGCUCUCUCUCUCGCUCGGAGCCCCGGAGGAGGAGGAGGCAGCGGCGGAGGGUCGGUCCCGAGGAGCCGGUGGGGUCUGGACGCCGAAUGACGGGCGGGCGGUUCGACUUCGACGAUGGCGGCACCUACUGCGGCGGCUGGGAGGAGGGCAAGGCGCACGGGCACGGCCUGUGCACGGGGCCCAAGGGGCAGGGCGAGUACGCGGGCUCGUGGGCGCACGGCUUCGAGGUGGUGGGCGCCUACACCUGGCCCAGCGGCAACACCUACCAGGGCCACUGGGCGCAGGGCAAGCGGCACGGGCUGGGCGUGGAGGCCAAGGGCAAGUGGACCUACCGCGGGGAGUGGGCGCACGGCUUCAAGGGCCGCUACGGCGUCCGGCAGAGCCUCGCCAACCCCGCCCGCUACGAGGGCACCUGGAGCAACGGCCUGCAGGACGGCUACGGCGUCGAGACCUACGGAGACGGAGGUACAUAUCAAGGACAAUGGACAGGAGGGAUGAGACAUGGCUACGGCAUGCGGCAAAGUGUUCCCUAUGGUAUGGCGACUGUGAUCCGUUCCCCCCUGAGGACAUCUCUAGCUUCACUGCGCAGCGAACAGAGCAAUGGCACUGUUCUACACGAUAUUACAUCAGACAGUCCAGCUGGAACAAGAGGAGGGUUUGUGCUGAAUUUUCACAGUGAUCUUGAAGGUAUUGGCAGCAAGAAAAAAGGAGGUUUGUUCAGAAGAGGAUCCCUUCUCGGUAGUAUAAAACUUAGAAAAUCUGAAUCAAAGUCGUCGAUUUCUAGCAAACGUAGCUCAGUCAGGAGCGAUGCUGCUAUGAGCAGGAUUAGUUCUAGUGAUGCCAACUCUACCAUUAGUUUUGGAGAUGGAGACUGUGAUUACUGCCCGACGGAAGACCACGUUGAUGCCACCACAACAGAAACAUACAUGGGAGAAUGGAAGAAUGAUAAGCGUAAUGGGUUUGGUAUUAGUGAGCGCUCAAAUGGUAUGAAAUAUGAAGGGGAGUGGCUGAACAAUAAGAGACAUGGCUAUGGAUGUACCAUGUUUCCAGAUGGCACCAAAGAAGAGGGGAAGUAUAAAAACAACAUUUUGGUCCGUGGAAUUAGGAAGCAGCUUAUUCCAAUAAGGAACACAAAAACUAAGGAAAAAGUGGAGAGAGCACUCGAAGGUGCCCAACGUGCAGCUGCUAUGGCAAGAACUAAGGUGGAAAUUGCAACCUCAAGAACUGCACAUGCAAGAGCUAAAGCUGAUGCUGCAGAUCAGGCUGCUCAAGCUGCUCGUCAGGAGUGCGAUAUUGCCAGAGCAGUCGCUAGAGAACUUUCCCCAGGUUUCUACCAACCAGGCCCUGAUUAUAUCAAACAACGAUUUCAAGAGGGUGUGGAUGUUAAGGAAAACCCUGAAGAAAAGGUUCAGGAAAAACCGCCCAGCCCAAAAGAAUCCCCUCACUUUUAUCGAAAAGGCACUACACCUCCAGGGACCCCAGAAGAGAGCCCAAGGCAGAGCCCCGUCCCUUCUGCCAAGCCUUCCCCUGCAAAACCAGGCAAAAAACAAAACUCCACUUCAGAAGUCAGGAUUGUUCCAGAAAAAAAGAAUUUACCUAGUGAAAACGUAACACCUGUGGUAAACAAACCUCUUCAUUCAAAAUCACCUGCGAAGGAGGAUAUCACAGCAAAGCAGCAGCCAAAGUUGUCACCUCGCAACAAUCCUAGCAGCAGAGAAAAUGGGGAGUUACACGGUCAUUACCACGGCUACUAUGUGAAGACUAAUCCAACAUUAUAUCCGUAUGAGCUUGGAGAAGACGAGGACCAUACCAACCCAACAUCUUCCGCACUGGUAGCGUCGUCAGCUCAGAAGACAAGCCCAACCGGAGUUGGGGUUCAGUUAGAUGCCAAAGAAUUGUUAAAGAGCCCUGAAUCUGCUGCACCAAAGAAUCCCACUAAUAACAACUUCUAUUCCCUGGAAAGAGAAGUUAAUUCGGGUCCUAAUUCAAUCAUGAUUGUACUGGUAAUGCUGUUGAAUAUUGGUUUAGCCAUUCUUUUUGUCCAUUUUCUAACUUGAUUGGAAUUAGGAAAGUGAAGUCAUGACAACUAGUGGCGUAAGCCCACAAUUCUCGGCAGUUGUGUCAUCAGCCUUUUAAAUGGCACGAGUCAUGUUCAGACACAGGGAAGGAGGCAUGGAAUUAGGAUGGGACACCAGAGAGAUGAAUCUUGGAAAACUCAGCCAGAGGCUUUGGGGUCCUCUGAAAGCUGAAGCGAGCAGCCAUCUUGGGGAAAAAAUAUGCGCCCACACACAAGCUUACCGAAGCAGCCCAACAAGUAGAGUGUGUUGGUUACUCCAUCUGUUCCAGCAAAGAGUGUGACUAAACUGGAAAUGUACGGAGCUGCACUUUUGUUGAUGGAAGCUAACAGCUGCCUUACUAUUUUGCCGUCUGAUGUUUUUGGUGGGGGAGAUGGGAAACUGACUGCCAGAGGAAUGUGGUCAGAGGAUUCGGUUGCUGUGGAAGCGAUUCCAGUAUUCACUCCUAUCUCAUUAGAAGAAAUAGUUAGCAGCAUCACUCACCAGUCUUAUUCCAUUACCUGCUGCUUUUAAAAUCUCCUUGCCAGUUUCUGGGAGAUUAUGUUUCAUUGGUUAUGCAUGAUUCUGUUCAUUUGCUAUUUAUUUAAAACUUAUGUACAGCCAUAAUGUAAUGCUAUAGACCAGUCUAGAAAACUUUGAGUUUUCAACCUGCAGUGAAUCAAAAUUAAAGCCUAUAGCACAUGUGCACUAUAGGUAAUUUCUUGGAUGUAUCAACAUCUUGACGACACCCUUUUUUUAACCUAAGCCGAUGAGAAGUCAUCUUCCUUUAAAGGGUUUCACAGACAAUAUGCAAAAUGUUUUAAGCCAUUUUUUAUAUCUUCCUAGUGAAAAGGGUAAGAAAAUUUAUUUUGGUGUCUGCAAGAUGUAUUGGUCUCGAUCAGUGUACCAGGUGAGCAAAGUGGGAUAUUUGGUAAAUGUUAUGCCACUCAAUGCUUAACUUAGUAUUGCAAAAAAUAUAUAUAUUCCUGGCACUUAAAGCCUUGUCUGCUUGCACAACGGAAGAUGUUAACUAAACGUACAAUAAAUAAUGAUUUUUAAAAGUCAAGCAUCAUGUUGAAUACAUUCAGGUAGAGCAUUUCAGUCUCUUAACGAUGACUGAUGAUCAGUUUGAUGCCUUUAAUGUUGUUAAAAUGAGUCUGUAAUCUUACCUCAGCCAGUUAAAACUUAAGCCUCAAAACUUUCAUUUGGACUCUUUGUCUUAAAUAGAUUUACAGUCCUAUGUUUUGAUGAUGCGAUCUAUGUUUUCUCUCUCUCU